CAGCCUUGCGCAUUUCUAAAAUGCUUGUAAACAAUUCAAUUUGAAUGUAUUUUGCAUGUAUUUCGUGGAAUUUGAAUGGCGGAGGAGGCGAUUGGAACCCCGUUGUCUGUGCGUAGACCCCGGCUUGGCAUGCCAAGUCGGCGGUGCUUUACCACGCCUUUGGUGAGGCUGCACCAGGAUAAAUUGGGAACCACAACACCUACAGAUCAGGCUCAAGAUACUCCCCGCGCCCUGCCGCUAUCCACAAACACUCGCAAACGCGUCGGAUUGUCCCGCAUCCGCACGGAGCUUACCAAGAAGCGGCUGGAGUUCCCAGCUGUAAGCGAACAUAAGGAGAAUGAGCUCACUCCAAAAUCAAAGGAUAAUAAACCACUAGAAAAAGAGAAAAACAACAAAGAGCGAAAAGAACAGGAUGAUGAGCAGGAACCACAAGAGGGAAAGAUGCAAGACGAUGAAAAACGCAAGAUUGUAGAAGACCAAGAGGAUGAUGAAGAAGACGACCAAGAGGAAAUGGAAGAGAACGAUGAAGUAGAACCACAAGACAGCAGAAUCCCCGAGCUGCAGGCGGACAUCGAGACCUGGCGGAGGGGUUUCAUAGCCACUGUGAACGACCUGCAGGCCAUGGUCGAUCCCCGCCCGACAAAGAAGAAUAUGUUGAUACACCUAGGCAUUCCCCUCGAGAUGCUGCGGUACCUGGAGGAGGACUGACACUCGGAAAAUGCUUUACGGUGGCAAAAUGCAUUACUUCGCAAUAAAAACCAAUUUUGAACAAAAUAUAAAUGCA